AUGUCAUUGUUCACUUUACGAUCGUUUACUGCGACUAAAAGCGGAUGCUCGCGGGUAAUACACGUAUCAAGAAAAUUUUCGCGCCUUACGCGAAAUUAUGCAAGUGACGCCCCAAACAAAGUUGAAGCUCCUGUCCAAAAGCCCGUUCCGCGCACCCGACGGGCAUUAUUUUAUGUUCCUGGUAGUGAAGAGCGUAAGAUCAAAAGUUCAUUAAAUUUAACUGCAGACAGCAUUGUAUAUGAUCUCGAAGAUAGCGUUGCCUUCACGAGGAAAGGUGUCGCGAGGGAAAUGGUCUUUGACAUUUUAGAGUCUUUACCGGCUGAGUCAAAGUCUGAGAGAGCAGUUCGUAUCAAUGCAGUUGGAUCAGGUUUGGAAUUGGACGACCUUAAUGUCAUACUUCGAGCAAAACACCUCGAAGGCAUCGUAAUACCUAAAGUACGUUCUCCCAAAGAUGUUCAAUUUGUCAGUCGAAUGAUAGACUCGAUUGCGCCGAAAGAGAACCGAUCAAAUAUUCGCUUGGUAGCAUCCAUAGAAAGCGCGUUAGCCAUCAUGAAUCUCAAAGAAAUUGCCACAUCUGACCCACGAUUGGAUGCAUUGCUAUUUGCUGCAGAGGAUUAUUGCGCAGAUGUUGGGCUCAUAAGAACACCAUCACGCAAGGAAUUGUCGUUCGCGCGUCAAAACAUAGUGACAACAGCCUGUGCCUAUGGAUUACAACCAAUUGAUAUAGUUUGUAUUGAUUUCAGAAAUGAUGAUAUUUUGAGGGAAGAAUGUAAGGAAGGUCGAGAGAUGGGUUAUCUUGGAAAGCAAGCUAUUCACCCAUGUCAAAUUGACAUUAUACAAAAAAUGUUUCUGCCGGAUGAACAAGACGUUGAAAGAGCGGCACGAAUAGUUUACAACUAUGAGCAGCACAGCAAAAAGGGGAUUGGAGCGUUCGAUUUAGACGGGAAAGUGAUUGAUCUUCCCGUUGUAAAAUGGGCCGAGGGAAUAAUUGCAAGAGCUACCUCUGGAGGAAUGGAUAUUCCUGUACCGAAGGAAAAGAGAGAGGAGGAGAAUUAUUUACAGAAGACGCAGUGA